GCUGUCUGAUCUCUAGGGACAUCAGAAACACAACACGCUCGUGCACGCGCUCAGCUCCACACUCACAUCCAGCUGAGACAUGGACCGGACGGACUCCACGGGCUUUAAAGCGUUGGGGCUUUAACAGUCUCGUGACUCGUGUUUUGUCGUUCGGUGUCGUAUUAUCAUCCAUGACCGAGUGAAGCGCAGGUGAAUCCAGAGCGUUGCGGCCGCCGUGAACGCGUCACGCUGAACCUGGCACGCGAGUUGUAACAUUUAUUAUGUAAGUGUGGCGUAGGCUAUGUUGCGCAUUCCUAAUGUAACGCGCGUGUUUUAGUUAACAAACAACCGAGCAAAGCAUCACGAUGAAGGACACAGAAUCAAAAGAUCAUCAGCUGACUGUGGCCCUGCGAAUUCGCCCAUUGAGCGAUGCAGAACUGGAGGAAGGUGCCACUAUAAUAGCCCACAAAGUAGAUGACCAGAUGGUGGUUUUGAUGGAUCCAAUGGAAGAUCCAGAUGAUAUCCUCCGUGCUCAUCGAUCAAGAGAGAAGACCUACAUGUUCGACGUGGGCUUUGAUUAUUCCGCAACGCAGGACGAGGUGUAUAGAUCCACCACAAAGGGCCUGAUUGAAGGUCUUAUAUCAGGGUACAAUGCCACGGUCUUCGCCUACGGACCCACAGGUUGUGGGAAGACGUACACUAUGUUGGGAACGGACAGAGAACCGGGUAUCUACGUUCGCACCUUAAACGACCUCUUCAAGGCUAUCGAAGAAACCAGCGAUGACAUGCAGUACAGCGUCUCAAUGUCCUACCUGGAGAUCUACAAUGAGAUGAUUCGAGACUUACUGAAUCCAUCUUCUGGAUUCCUUGACCUACGAGAGGAUUCAAAGGGAGAAAUACAGGUGGCUGGCAUUACGGAGGUUUCCACUAUCAACGCACGUGAGAUAAUGGAGUUGUUAAUGAAAGGAAACAAGCAAAGAACCCAAGAGCCGACGGCAGCCAAUCAGACGUCUUCUAGGUCUCACGCCGUGCUCCAGGUGGUCGUGCAGCAAAAGAGCCGAUGUCGAGACAUUCUGCAGGAGGUGCGAUUCGCACGGCUCUUCAUGAUCGAUCUGGCAGGCUCUGAGCGGGCUUCACAGACACAGAACAGAGGUCAGAGGUUAAAAGAGGGCGCUCACAUCAACAGAUCUCUGCUCGCGCUUGGGAACUGCAUCAAUGCCUUGAGUGAAAAAAAUGGCAACAAAUUUGUCAACUUCAGAGAUAGCAAACUCACCCGACUGCUCAAGGAUUCUCUGGGAGGAAACAGUCGGACAGUGAUGAUUGCCCACAUAAGCCCCGCCUCUCUGGCCUUCGAAGAUUCACGGAACACCCUGACUUACGCCGACCGUGCCAAAAGCAUCCGCACACGGGUAAAAAGAAACCUGUUGAAUGUGUCUUAUCACAUCGCCCAGUACACCAGCAUUAUUUCGGACCUCCGCAGCGAGAUUCAGCGACUGAAGAAAAAGAUAGCGGAUCAGGCCAGCAGACAGCCGAACCCAGACAGGACAGAUAUCCGUCACGUUCAAGCCGAGGUGCAGGCGCAUUCCUCUCAGAAGAGUCGAGCAGAGAUGGACCAACUGCGGAAGCAGCUGAUCGAUGCAUUCAGACAGCAGAUGGACAUCAGAAAACACCUUAUGGAGCUGGAGAACAGUAACAUGGAGAUCCAGAUAGACACGUCCAAACACCUGCUGACGAUCGCAGACUGGGAGCAGGAACGCUUUAGGAGGAGAAAGAAGUGGCACGGGGAGAGGAGGAAGGAGAGUUUUAAUAAAGAUGAAAGCGAGAAAGAUUCAGACUCACCAGAAUCUUUGCCGGACAGCUCAGAGACGCCUGAAGUGAUCAUCGCCAGAGAGAACCUUGUUACGCUCAUGACUGAGCAGAAGAAAAAACAAAAACAGAAGGCCGGGCUGGAGCAGCGUCUGGCCGAGCUGAGGGAGAAAGCUCGGCGUCUGGAGGAGCUUCUCCCCCGCCGGGUGAGCUCAGAGGAGCAGCGAGAGGUGCUGUGCCUCCUCUGUAAGGUCCACGAACUGGAGAUCGGGAACGCGGAGAUGCAGUCCAGUGCUCUGCUAAAGGACAACAUGAUCCGACAGAAGAACGUGGUGGUUCAGCGAUUCGAGCAGCACAGGAGCCUCUGCCACGACAUCAUCCAACAGCAACGCCAGUUCAUUGAUGAUCACAGUCUUCUGGUCCCCCCACAUCUUCAAGAACUCUACGAGAUCUAUAUGAGGGAAAUGGAUGAGAAGAAUUUAGACAGAGUCGUUGCCUUGGAUAAAUUCACCAUUCGUACUCUCAAGGAGGGUUCCCUGCCCAAGAUCACCCUCCCCAGCAGAGGUCGUGACCCCCUGCAGGAGAUGGAUUCAGAUCAAGAGAGCGUUCGCACUCUGGGCUCAGACAAUAGACAAGGUCGGACGAAAGUGAGGAGACACACGCUGCCUCCGAUAUUCGCAGAGUCUGAAGGAGACAGUUAUCGAGUAUUUAAGAGCAGUCGCAAACAGAUGAAGAGCUCUGAAGUUAUGACUCCACCACCUAUUCACAUUAAUGGCCUCGGCAAUAGAGAGCUGUUGCCAUCUGUCCUGGAUGAUGCUCUGAGAUACAGUCAUCUCAGUCACAGUAUGAGCAGUCAUCUGGAUUCUUCUCCUGACAGCAGUGAGAACAGCACAGAUGCCCCGUUGACACCCAAAGAGAGACAGCAGAUUUUAAGGGGUGUGCAGAACAUUGCAGUGAAGGCUGCCCGUCGCCGGUCUAAGGUCCUGGAAUUAGAUGCCCUCCGAUUGCACCCACCACCGUCUCCCCUUGAUCCAAAAAAGCACAUGAGUAAUCUGUCUCUGAGCGAUGCUCCCCCUAAAGGACCGAUGCUGCGUCGCGGGAGACAACCUAGCCCAGAGCUGCGCCACGCCACCUCUGACGACAACCUGUCCAGCAGCACAGGAGACGGCCCAGCGCCCAAUGGCACCUGGACGCGGCCGGGGAACCGUCCGGCUGUGAAGAACGGCGCACAAAGGGAGCAGGAUUUUGAGGGUCGCAGGCGCAAGAGGAGAUCUCGAUCAUUUGAGGUCACAGGACAAGCACUGUCUCAGGCUAAAAACACCAGCCAGAGAUUUCGGCCCUUAGACAGCACUUCUGAUCCCCACAUGCACAUCAAUGGACACCCCCCUGCCCCCCUUCUGCGUCCGCAAAACAGAGCUCAACCUCAGCUUACAAAAGCUCGGCAAAACAUCCACCAAACAGGAUCAACUGCAGAUGUCACUUCCUCCAACCUGCCCUCCCACCUCAUUAAGCGUGGACCCCAAAGCAGACAACUUCAGCCUCUCCUGUACGUCACCACCGGGACGGGUGCCCAGCGGACCCGUAAACACUGAUGGCAUUCAUGCUUUUCAUGACUGUUUUGUCCUGACGCCCCGCAACCGCACAAAUGAUCCCCUUCGAAAAUAAGACUGAGACCAAGUGGAAUGUUUUAUCGCAUUGGAAGAACUGUACCAUGGCAUCAAGCUUUUUGACGUGGAAGAAAAAGCGUACGACCUGGGUUGUCAUUUGCAUUUGAUUCUGAGGUUUUGCUCAAAUUCUUGUAGUUUUUCUCUGAAAGGAUGUGACUUAGAAUGUCUGCUUCAUUUUUUUUACGUAUUGGCUUCUACAAAUUGCAAGAAACAAUUGCCUUGACUUUAGCAGCCUUAAUUAUUGUCAAAACUAUAUUCCCACAAUGAUAUGCAAAAAUGUUUCCGAACUACUGUAAUUCGACAGGGGAUAAAUCCUGCCUCAAAUACCUUUUGGUUAAAUAUUUAUAUCAGGCUGUAUGUGCUAUAUGCGCUUCUCAUUCCACAGGGAACAAUAUAUAUUUCACAGCUGCCGGGGCAUAGCUUUCUUUUCAAAAAUCCUUAUGGGUUUGUGUUAGUUCUUAGUACCAGACAAGAAGGCAUAUUUAAUGUGGUCCAGACCCUCAAUUCAUUGUUUUUAAAAAGAGAAAAAAAUGACUGCUGCCUUUACUUUAAAAAACGUUCUCAAAGUUUGUGUAUUUUUUUCUUAUUAAACGUGCAUAGACACUUUUCUACUCUUAAUUUUGUACCUUUUUUGUAACCAAAAUAAAUUUGAUCGACAAAUUGA